GCGAGGAUCGUCCUGGCGGAUACUGGUGAUGUUUGACAAUUUCGUAACUUUUUCGUGACGGUGAGUUUUUUCUUUUGAUCUUGAUUAAAAAGUCAUCUUAGAGUGUUACGAAAAACAUGUGUUCGUUUUUGAGUGCUUUACCCGUUUCGUUUUGACUAGAACGUUAAGAAAGAAGCAGUACUCAGAGUGUCCUACUGGUUGCGAGGGCUCUGGGAAAUGCGACGUAGGACAAAUCCAGUUCAGCAAUGGGUUGAUUCUUUACCAUCGCCAGCCAAGUCAUCAACUUCAAGCAUUGGAUCAAUUGUCAGGCAACAAAGUGUGUCAGUUGAUUCAGAAUCAGCUUCUAUUCCAGAAUGCUCAGUUGAGCAUAUAUACAGUGAGAAAGAGAACUACAUUAAACAUUCAAAUAUGACUGUUUCAACUCCUAUAUCAGUUCCUAAUUCACCUGCAAUAGUAUGCCCUGGAAUUACAAGGCUGGCGCGCGAUCCAAGCUUUCAAUCGGACAGCAGUCACUGCAGCAGCGUCGAAAGUCUCCUGGAGCUUCGCCGCGCCGAUCCGGAAGCUGUAUUAUUGAACUUAGGAUUCGGCGGUGGUGCAAGUAGUCCCCAAGAUGUUGGACCGCUCGCUCGCAUACCCAAACGUUUUAUACAACCGUCGAGACUCAAAGGAAUUGCCAUCGAUGAUUUUGUGAAACACCAGCAGGAAGCUAAUGAAAGCCUUGAUUCCACGUCGCUGGGAUAUCGAGGACUCACAGUAAUUAUCAAGGGAAACAGGACGCAUCUGCGUACACUGAUGCUUUGCUAUGCCAAAAUGAUGUCGAACAGCGAACAGGCGAAGACUGUGACUUCUCAGUUAUAUCAAAAAUAUUUAGAUUGGCAACGAAGUGAACGCGCCGAUCGUGAGGCGAAUCCCACGGAAUCGUCGACACUCGGGACCCAGCUUCGUUCGCCGUAUGUAGCGCCAUCGGAGAUCGUGCAGAAGAUCAUGCAGCGACUCCGCGAGCACGAAAGCCACGAAUUGGACGUCUACGUCAACGGCAGUUCCGUGCCGGAGCCUGGAAAAUUAUCCGUACUUUCGCCUGAUAAUCGACUCUACCUUGAGAGGCCUAGAUCUAAGAGUCCUGAUAUGCGCAAUAAACGCAUGAUCAUUGGCCAAAAGUCAUUUGCCUUCGGUCACGACGGCGACCUAAUAGAGAUAAAGACGCAGAGUAAGCAGUCGUCACAAGAGAGCGACGAAGUAUUCGAACUAGACAAAGAAACGCAAACUACAUCAAACCUAGGACCACCAAUAAUAACCCACGAAAAUGCUUCUAGCAGUAGUUGCAGUAGUAGUAGCAUUACAACCGAAAGUGCAUCCUCACCUAUCCUUAAUAAAGACUCGACCGAAACUGUAAUUUCAGUUCGUCGAAAUGAAUCUCUUGACAGGAAUCACAAUCAUAACGGUGAGCCUCGUCGUGCUAGUGAAGGAUCUUCUCAAGAAAAAUCUUCUUUGUCGUUGGAACAAGAUGAGAGUCGUCGAUACAGUGAUAGCGUUGUCGACGAUAUCAAGAAGAAAGAGGCAACCAACUUGCGAAAGAAGAAUCUUAAACGACAAACGAAACUUAACAACGAUGAGGAUAAACAAGAUGUUUGUGCACAUUGCGGAAAAACUUGCGAUACUGAGGAAGACAUGUCGUGUUGUUACAAGAGUGUCAAGCAAAAUUGCUGGCGCGAGAUGGAAAAAGUACUACAAAGGAAUAAGAAACUAGAAGAUGUCGUCAAUCGUAGUCGUGUUGAAGUCGCUGAGUUACGGAAUAUCUUAAGUAGUGUAUUAUCCGUCAGGAUGGAACCUGGAUUUUAGAUUUUAUGUAGUAUAUAGCUUAUAAUGUUUUUUUAGUCGUACUGCAAGAUUUCUGGCCAUGAAUUUCUUGGAUUAAGCGAAAAAUUUUAAAACUGCGAAUCGAAUUUAGAAACACCUGGCCUAAUUAGUAAUGUUUUUCACUAUAUAAUAAUCAUAUGUAGGAAUGAGUCAACUUUGUAUUUUUAAGCCCGUAAUUUAGUAUGCUCAAAAUUGUUUGUUACAGUAAUGCACAAUUUUAAUGAAUAAUUCUAUCGUACAGAUUUAUUAAUGUUCAUUCGUUUUCUAUCCGCGCAUUACUUGAAAAUCUUUUUUUUCUAACAUAUUUUGUAAUUUUGCUUCGUCACAUUCUGUAGAAAGAAAAUAGUAGUGUUUAACGCGCAAUUUUUAAACGAUAUGCAAAAACUUUUUUAAUUGUGAUCGAAUCAGGGUAAAACCCAAUUAGUUUAGAAUAUUUUAAUAUUCUAGAUUCCAAACAUGGCCUUGGUAGAUUAAUAUUUAGAUUAACUUUUAUAACCUCGUAUUUUACACGACAAAAAUUUCGUAUCGUAUGACCUGUAAUUUGAUUAUAGGAAUCAAUCGUUUUAUAAAUGUUGCCAACAAUCCAUCAUUUCACAUAACUUGUGAAACAGUACAAAUUAUACAACUCUUCUAAAUACUAUGCCUAUAUACACAAAUUUAAUUUAAUACAGUUCCUUCAUUGUCGUGAAAAUUUUCAACUGUGUUGUAUGAACAUGUAUAUAUUAGUCUAUAUAUGUAUUUAAUCUUACAUAAAUAAAUCAUUUUAUCUAUGGUUUCACC